GCGCUGCGGCCCCGCCCCUAGGCCGCGUGGCUGCGCGUCCCGGCUGUUGCCGAUAAAGUUGUUUGACGCCGGGCCGGCGGCGGGUCACGUGAGCGGAAAAUGGCGGCCCCGGCAGGCGGCGGAGGCUCCGCGGUGUCGGUGCUGGCCCCGAACGGCCGGCGCCACACGGUGAAGGUGACGCCGAGCACCGUGCUGCUUCAGGUUCUGGAGGACACGUGCCGGCGACAGGACUUCAACCCCUGUGAAUAUGAUCUGAAGUUUCAGAGGAGUGUGCUCGACCUUUCUCUGCAGUGGAGAUUCGCCAACCUACCCAACAAUGCCAAGCUGGAGAUGGUGCCUGCUUCCCGGAGCCGUGAGGGGCCUGAGAACAUGGUUCGCAUCGCUCUGCAGCUGGACGAUGGCUCCAGGCUGCAGGACUGUUUCUGUUCAGGCCAGAGCCUCUGGGAGCUUCUCAGCCAUUUUGCACAGACCAGGGAGUGCCUGCAGCACCCCAGCGGGGCCACCCCAGUCUGCGUGUACACGAGGGACGAGGUGAUGGGUGAAGCCGCCCUGCGGGGCACGACGCUGCAGUCGCUGGGCCUGACCGGGGGCAGCGCCACCAUCAGGUUUGUCAUGAAGUGCUGCGACCCUGUGGACAAGACCCCAGGAAGCCUGGGCUCGUCGGUGUCGUCGGUGUCGGCUGGCCAGGCGGCCGCCAGCACUUCACUUCCCUUGGAAUCUGGGGAGCUCAGCCGCGGCGACCUGAGCCGUUGGGAGGACGCGGACACCUCAGGGCCCUGCUGCGAGGACACUCAGGAGAAGCAGAGCACGAGGGCGCACGCACCUGCCCCCUUUGUUCCUUUCUCAGGCGGGGGACAGAGACUGGGGGGCCCUCCUGGGCCCACAAGGCCUCUGACAUCAUCUUCAGUCACGUUGCCGAAGUCCCUCUCCAGCCCCGGAGGCCCCUCCAAGCCAAAGAAGUCCAAGUCGGGCCAGGAUCCCCAGCAGGAGCAGGAGCAGGAGCGGGAGCUGGAGCCGCCCGUGGACCUGGAGCCCGUGGACCGGGAGCCUGUCGUGUGCCACCCUGACCUGGAGGAGCGGCUGCAGGCCUGGCCAGUGGAGCUGCCUGAUGAGUUCUUUGAGCUGACAGUGGAUGACGUGAGAAGGCGCUUGGCCCAGCUCAAGAGUGAGCGGAAGCGCCUGGAAGAAGCACCCUUGGUGACCAAGGCCUUCAGGGAGGCGCAGAUAAAGGAGAAGCUGGAGCGCUACCCAAAGGUGGCUCUGAGGGUUCUGUUCCCCGACCGCUACGUCCUACAGGGCUUCUUCCGCCCCAGCGAGACAGUGGGGGACUUGCGAGACUUCGUGAGGAGCCACCUGGGGAACCCCGAGCUGUCGUUUUACCUGUUCAUCACCCCUCCAAAAACAGUCCUGGACGACCACACGCGGACCCUCUUUCAGGACAGCCCCGUCCUGUACUGCUGUGUUGCCCACUGCCAGGGCCUCUUGGGAACGACAGGCCCCCUUCCUCCCACCCACCAGGCCCUACCCCACCUGGACCCUCUGAAAUGUUCCUCGUUGACAAAUGGUCUUGCAGAAGGUGGGAUGGCUCCUGCAGUCCCCGCUCCCGCUCUGUGGGUGGAUGCCCCGUCUCUCCCUGCCCGGGCACCGUGGUGCCUUCUCCCUCCCGGGCACCAUGGUGCCACCUCCCUCCCGGGCAUCUUGGGCUGUAAGGGCUCCUCUCUUGGCUUCGUUUCCCCGAGGGUGGUGCCGUUCUCUUUGGAGGGGGCGACCGGGGCGCUGGGCCACGUGUGCAUGCAGCCCCUGCAGAGUUGCUGCCCCAUGGGGGUUGGCGUGGGCCUCCUUUCGGAAACUCUUCCUGGCAACACUGAGUGGGGUAAGGGGCUAGCAGCAGAGAGGUGGCCGGAUUUGGGACCCCAGUGUCCUGGGCAGCAGCGAGGGAGGAGCCGGCCCCAGGCCCUCAGGCUGUGUCAGGGCAGGGCGGGUGCCCCCACUUCUCCCUGUCAGCCGAGGGAGCCAGGCGGGCAGCCUGAGACCUCCUGGGGCAGUGCUGGUGGGGAAAGGCCUCUCAGCCUGAGCCUCCCUCAAAGGCCCGUCCUGGGCCCUGCUCUGGGUGGCUGGGGGGAUGGUGUGACCCACCUUCCUUUUCUAGCCCCAGCUUGGUGACCGGGUGGUUCCGUUCACCCUGGGUCGCUUACUGAGAUGGCGCCUGGGAACCAGGGCAGAGAACACCCUUUCCACCAGUGGGGGACGGAGGUGACAUGGACUCUGGGAGGCUCCUUUUUUGGGGUCCAUCCAGAGGCCGAGCCUCUCCAAGCACGGGUCAGCCUCCAUGCCGCCCAGUCUGCUGACCCUCCUCUCCACCAUCCCCUCGUCCGAGCAGUGGGAUCCCUCCUGAGUCAAGGCUGGGCACGAGCACGUGGGGACAGCCGGGUAGGCUGCCUGGCUCAGUGCUCCUUGCAUAGAGGCGCAGACAGAGCCCGGGUGCCCAGGCCCGGCCACCAAGCCUACUUCCCUCCGCUGGCGUUCCCGAGUCCUGCCUGCCCCUUUCUGUGCGUCCCACGGGGCAGUGCUGGGUGAGGGUCCUGGCCUGUGCGGCUGUGAUGAACACCAGGUGCCUCUCUGCAUCGGUGGCU